AUGCGUGAUCGCAGUUUCUUAUUAACUUUUUUUAAAUGCUUGCUUUGGACAACUAUUCUACGUGAAAAUCAGGUGACCGGUUUCAUUUACGAUGUCCUCAACCCUGCGCAUGUUGACGUCGAAGGGUGGCAUUCACGUGACACCAGAGUGGCAAUACGAGCCAACCGACCUCCUGCUUGUGAGAGAUCGAAGAUAUAUGCAACUUGUGAGGAACCUCCAGAUACAGUGCCACUUGAUGUGAAAAAGUCAUGUGACUACCGCAAUAUUCAGUACCACGAACAAGUGUUCCGUUGGGUGGCUGGACGAGGGUGUUUGCUCUUCACGCCUGAUUUCCUCUACGUGGCUGGAACCAACACUAUCAAUUUGAACGCUGGUUGCUUGUAUGGACACUGGAUCGCACCGUGCUUGGAGAUCCCGAAGGCAGAUGGCACUUGUGGCUGCUACCCCUUUGAUCCUGGUCUGGAAGAGGUCGCAACAGCGGUACGUGAAGCGCUAAUACCAGCCGCACAUGGACGAUGGGAGAGAUGCUUUUACGCGGCCAGUGACUGCUGUAGUCAUUAUAUGCGUGAGGAACACAACGUUACAGAUAAACGAUGUGAGGUCACAUUCGACGGCUGGACGUGUUGGCACGCUGUUGAUGCUGGAGUUUUAGCUACACAAGUCUGUUCAGAAUUUGCACAUUCCAAUGUUCCUCCAACAUGCCACCACUUUAGCAGCAAACAGUGCCAUAAGAAUGCAACAUGGGAGCUCCACACAGACUAUACCACCUGCAGUAUAACUCCAAGACUACUCCGUAGAUUCAGAUUUCAUAUCGCAAUGCUGUCUUUCUCCAUCGCAUCAUGUGUACCUGCAGUCUUCAUAUUUUUCUUCUACAAAAGAUUACGCAUUACGAGAGUGAUUUUACACAGGAAUUUACUUAUAGCCAUUAUUCUAAGGAAUAUUUUCGUAAUAGUCAGCAGAAGUGAGGUGUAUAUUGAUGAGAUAACAAACGCGGGUGAUACAGCGAUGUCCAUUCAUAGCAUCGCCUGCCGUGUGCUCGCCUUCGCUGAAAGGAGAAAGCUAAAGAUAAGACUGCUGUAUGCAAUCGGAUUCGCGAUAGCCCUGGUUCCUGCUGUAGCUUGGGCCAUUGUCAUGUCACUACAUAACGACCACUCCUGCUGGGUGGUUUUCACCGUUCCUCACAUCCAAUGGAUAUUGGACACACCCAGAAUUGUUAUUCUUAUUGUUAACACGAUUUUGUUUAUCGAUGUUCUGAGAGUUUUGCUGACAAAGAUUAGGAACUCGGAAAACGUUAAUCAACUGAGCACAGCAAAAGCGACACUAUUCCUGAUGCCUCUCUUCGGAACACAGUUUUUGCUGACUGCAAUCCGACCAAACACAACAAAUUGCAAAGGAGAGCAAAUUUACUACUAUGUAGCAUACACCGUUGAAGGACUGCAGGGUUUCAUAGUAGCAAUGUUGUUUUGCUAUAUCAACAAAGAGGUUCAUCUAUUAGUCAAAGCAACAUAUAAAAAAACGGAAGACGCAGUAAUAUCCCGUAUUCGAGAUUCCAACUAUCCACGGGGCAGUAGUAUCGGACCCAGUAAUGAUGGAAGAAUGACAUAUAGUACAGGAUUGCCGCCUAAUCAGGUCGAGGACUCGAAGGACCAAUACGCUACGAUACGACCAAAAUUACAUGUGGCUGAAAUAAUAUCUAUACAAGCAAGCGAGCGAUUAGCAGAAAUCUUAGAACCAGUGUAUGAAACUAUACAAAAUGGUGUAACCAAUGAGAGUUAUGAUUCUUUAGACAGGUCAGACAACGAUUCCGGUUUUAUACCUAACCGAGACUCCAAAGUCGAGGAUUACUAUGGAUUUACAAACGCUUCCAGCAUUUCAAUAGAUUGCCAAGAUUGGAUACGAUGUGUGUCAUCGCCGUCCAGUAGCGUUUACAAUAAUUCAUUAAAUGAUUACGAAACAAGAUAUUUAGAGAAGAAAUUCCCUCAUCACCCGCGGCUACAUCGAGACAUAAAAAUUGAUCCAAAAUGUUCCAAAUGUAUUGAAUAUAGAAAUGCGCAAGCGCCUAUUGAUGAUAUUAGGAAAGAUAACGGCCCUGAGAAUCGGGCCGGGGCAAGUGAAGUGAGAGAUGACGAGUACGAAGACUGCGAAAAUAUGCUAGAUGAAAUAAUGCAGUACAUGGAAACUACAGAAGUUAGAGCGCCUUUAGAACCAAACAUUGUUUCCAACCGAAAAGAUGAUGGUAAAAUUGUAUUUAUAAAGGACUGA